AUGGCAGCUAAAGCUUUGUUUCUGAAAGAGGAGCUUUGCUGUUCUGUGUGCCAUGAUAUUUUCAAGGACCCUGUAGUCCUGGGGUGCAGCCACAGUUUCUGCAAAAUCUGUCUGCAGCGGUUCUGGGAAGAGAAGGGCUCUCGGGAGUGUCCCAUCUGUAAGAGAAAAUCCUCUAAAGUUAUACCUCCUCUUAACCUGGUUCUGAAAAACAUUGUGGAGUCCUACUUGAACCAGAAGACUGAGAGUGAAGCUGCAGAGAAGAGUGAAGAUUGCUGCAGUCUUCACAGACAGAAGCUUGUGUUCUUCUGUGAAAAUGACCAGGAGGCUGUCUGUAUCGUGUGUCAGGCGGCAAGGAAACACAGAAACCACCAGCUCCGUCCAGUGGAAGAGGUUGCACAGGAUAUGAAGGAGGAGCUCAAGGCUGCCCUGAAUCCUCUCAAAGAAAAACUGGAGAGAUUCACUAAAUUUAAAAAAGAAUAUGAGAAAACAGCAGACCACAUCAGGACUCAGGCCCAGCACACAGAGAGGCAGGUAAAGGCAGAGUUUGAGAAGCUCCACCAGUUCCUGCGAGAUGAAGAGGAGGCCAGACUAGCUGCACUGAGGGAGGAAGAGAAGCAGAAGAGUCAGAUGAUGAAGGAGAAGAUAGAAAACAUCUCAAGACAUGUCUCCAGCCUUGUAGAGAAAAUCACAGCUAUAGACAAGGCUGUGGACUCUCAAGAAAUCUCCUUUUUAAAGAUCUACAAGAACAUUAAAGAAAGAGCCCGGUGCACACUACAGGAUCCAGAGCUGCUUUCAGGGGCACUGAUAGAUGUGGCCAAACACCUGGGCAAUCUGAAGUUCAGAGUGUGGGAGAAGAUGCAAGGGAUGGUGCAGUACACUCCUUUGAUUCUGGACCCCAACACUGCACACUCCACUCUGUCUGUAUCUGAUGAUCUGACCAACGUGAGACUCACUGGUGCAGAGCAGCAGCUUCCUGACAACUCUGAGAGGUUUAACCACUAUGGGAUGGUGUUGGGCUCUGAGGGGUUUACCUCAGGAAAACACAGCUGGGAGGUGGAGGUGGGGAACAUGCCCAUGUGGGAUACAGGAGUUGUGAAAGAGUCCAUGAACAAAAAGGGGAGGAUUACAUCCAAACCAGGGAGAGCAACCUGGGUUGGAAUUCUGAGGAAUGGAGAUAAAUAUUAUGCAGCAUCAGUGAUACCCCUCACACUGAAGAGGAAACCCCAGAGGAUCGGAGUGCAGCUGGACUAUGACAGAGGGAAGGUGUACUUCUACGAUGCCAGUGAGAUGUCACACAUCUACACUUUUAAAGACACAUUUACUGAGAGACUCUUCCCAUAUUUCUCUCCUUGUGUAAACACUUAUGACAGCAGCACUGGGGCUCUAAAGAUCUGCCCAGUGAAGGUAUCUGUAACAGUGAUGUUAUCCCAGUGGAAGCGUUUGGGGCGGCAGCAUAGCAUGAUGGUUAAGGAGCAGGAGUUGAAAGGGAAAGUAAAGUCGGAGAGUGGGAUUCCAGAGUUAUGCGUAAGACAGUCAGGAAGUGAAUGGUUCUGUAAAAUGGCAGCUAGAGCUUUGUCUCUGGACGAGGAGCUCUGCUGUUCUGUGUGCUGUGAUAUUUUCAAGGACCCUGUAGUCUUGAAAUGCAGUCACAGCUUCUGCAGAGUGUGUCUGCAGCGGUUCUGCGAGGAAAAGAGCUCUCAGGAGUGUCCCAUCUGCAGGAGGAUAUUCUUCACGGAACCACUACCUAACCUGGUUCUGAAAAACGUUGUAGAAAUUUACUUAAAGCAGAAAGCUGGGAGUGACUCUCCAGAGAAGGGUGAAGCUCGCUGUAAGCUUCAUGGUGAAAAACUUCUGCUGUUCUGUGAGGAGGACCAGGAAACUCUCUGUGUUGUGUGUCAGACUUCGAAGAAACACAAAACCCACCAGCUCUGUCCAGUAGAAGAGGCUGCACUGGAUCUGAAGGAAGAACUCAAGACUGCACUGAAUCCUAUUAAAGAAAAGAUCAAGAGAUUCACUGAAGUUAAACAAGAGUAUGAGAAAACAGCAGACCACAUCAGGAGUCAGGCCCAGCACACAGAGAGGCAAUUAAAGGCAGAGUUUGAGAAGCUCCACCAGUUCCUGAGAGAUGAAGAGGAGGCCGGACUAGCUGCACUGAGGGAGGAAGAGGAGCAGAAGAGUCAGAUGAUGAAGGAGAAGAUAGAAAACAUCACAAGACACAUCUCUACCCUUUCAUACAAAAUCACAGCCAUAGAGAAGUCCAUGGACACUGAAGAUAUCUCCUUUUUAAAUAUCUACAGAAAUGCUAAGGAAAGAGCCCAGUGCACACUGCAGGAUCCACAGCUGCUUUCAGGGGUGCUGAUAGAUGUGGCCAAACACCUGGGCAAUCUGAAGUUCAGAGUCUGGGAGAAGAUGCUGGGGAUGGUGCAGUACACUCCUGUGACUCUGGACCCCAACACUGCACAUCCCUAUCUCUCUCUGUCGGAGGAUCUGACCAAUGUGAGACACACUGACACAGUGCAGCAGCUCCCUGACAACCCAGAGAGGUUUGACUCUGGUGUGGGCGUGCUGGGAUCUCAGGGCUUUACCUCAGGACAUCACAGCUGGGAGGUGGAAGUAGGGAAUAAAGCUGCUUGGAAUGUCGGAGUGGUGGAAGAGUCCAUCAACAGGAAGGGACUGAUCACAUGCGAUCCAGAGAGAGGAACCUGGGUUAUAGCUCUGAGGAAUGGUGAUGAGUAUAAAGCUGCUACCUCUCCAGCAACAGUCCUCACACUGAGGAAGAAACCCCAGAAGAUCAGAGUCCAGCUGGACUAUAAGAGGGGGGAGGUGUCCUUCCAUGACCCCAGUGACAUGUCACACAUCUACACUUUCAGAGAUGCUUUCACUGGGACGGUCUUCCCAUAUGUCUCUCCUUGCACAAACACUGAUGGCACUAAUCCCGGAGCCCUGCAGAUCAGCCCAGUGAAUGUGUCUUUAACAAUGACCUCACUAUGCUAUGUCUGA